GUUUCACCUUCUGAAUAUAAUUACUGAAAUAAAUCAACUUUUGCAUGAUAUUCUAAUAAUAUGAACAGGGACUGUAUUUGUGUGAACCGCAGUGCGAUCUGUCGCCCCCUGGUGGCCGGCGCGCACCCCAUUUCUCCAUAGUCACGUGAUUUCUAGGAAAGGCGGUUUUCACAGCGAGCGCGUUCACGCCCAUCAGAGACUCAGUCGAGCGCGCGCAGCCGACGGGGACGCACACGGAGCUCCAACCGAGGAGUUCACGGGAGGACUUUGCGCUGACCAUGGCCCGCGGCAAGACGCGCUGCACCCGCAAACUCUGCGCCUGGAUGGUCCAACAGGUGGACAGCGGUAAAUAUCCCGGACUGGUUUGGGACAACGAGGCCAAAACGAUGUUCCGCAUCCCGUGGAAGCACGCCGGCAAGCAGGACUUCCGAAUGAACGAUGACGCCGCUAUCUUUAAGGCCUGGGCCGAGUUCAAGGGAAAGUCGUCGGACAACAAGCCGGCGGUGUGGAAGACGCGUCUGCGCUGCGCCCUCAACAAGAGCCCCGAGUUCAACGAGGUCCAUGAGCGGGCCCAGCUGGACAUCUCGGAGCCGUACAAAGUCUACCGCCUGGUGCCCCCCAGCCAGCAAAACUUGCGGAAGCCAAAGAGGAAAAGCCAAGAGAAAGGCAGCAAGAGGUUGAAGAGGAGGAGGAUGAGCAGCGAGUCGGACAGUGAAGACGUGUCCGGGGUCCAGGAGUGGACGACGGAGGAUGUCAAAGCUGAGGCGGGUGGUGUCGGCGUCAUGGAGAGCGACCGUGUCCCGCAGGCGGACCACGCGGCGCAGCAGGACGCUGCUCCGCGGGAAGGCGGCCUCAGCGAGAUCCAAUUGGAUGUCCGGAUUGAGGAGAGUGCCCCGCCUUUUCAGGAAGAUCAGGACUCCUUGCACGUGACCGUCUGCUAUCUGGGCCAGGAAGUGCUCACCCGCCAGAUCCACGGCGACAACGUCCGCAUCCUCUACGCGCCGCCCUCGCCGGUCCCCCCCACGCCGGCCCCCGACAGCCGCUUCCCGCGCAUCCACCUGCCGGAGCCCCCGUGCUCGCUGCUGGCCAGCGAGCAGCAGCAGCAGCAGCUGCGCGCCCUCCUGCCCUUCAUGGAGAAGGGCGUGGCGCUCAGCUCCACCACGCAGGGCAUCUACGGCCGCCGCUUCUGCCGGGGCCGCGUCUUCUGGAGGGGCCCGCACACGCGCACGCCGGGACCCCACAAGAUGGAGAGGUCCAUGGACCCGGUCCUGCUCUUCAGCAAAGACGCCUUCAAGCAGCAGUCGGAUGAAUUUUACUUGUGUGGCGGUGAGGCUCCUGGUUGCAAGGCUCCUGACUCCAAGGCUCCUGACUGCGAGGCUCCUGACUGCGAGGCUCCUGGUUGCAAGGCUCCUGGUUGCAAGGCCCCUGACUGCAGCUUCAUACUGUGCUUUGGAGAAGAACUGAGCAGCUCAGAAGAUCCCUCCACUAAACUCAUCACUGUUAAGGUCACUUUGGUGCAGGCUCAGGGCCAAACCGCUCGCGACUUCCUGGAGUCUUUACCUUUCCUGCAGGGCGAGAUCACGCUCGACCUGGUCCCCGUGCCAACAACACCCGAAUCCUCGCUCUGAAGGUUUUUUUUUUUUUUUUCCUUUUCUCCCAUAAAACCACACAAUUCUUCUUAAACACAUUUAAUCAGGUAUGUAGAGUCCAGUAGAACUAUGUUAUCACUCACUUCAACAAGACUGUUAGAGAAUACACCACAAGUGUAGAAAGUAGUCAGCUGCUGUCUAAUGUUACUUACGUGAUGUCAGCUGCUAUUUAGCCUAGCUGUGCUAACCAGUGUGUGUGCGUCCUCAAGGCAGCACCAGUUCCACUUUUACAGUUUGCAUGUAGUGUGCGCGGGGGGGGGGGACCAGCAAUAAAACCGUCUACAAACUCCCACGUGGUCUGAGGUGGGGAAGGUCUACAGUCUCAGAUGUUGCCGUUAGCCGGCGACGCCAGCUCGGCGAUCUUGGCGUUGACUCUCUGGUUGGUCCAGUCUCUGGUGAUGUCGUCCAGGUGGCUGUCGAAAUCCACCAGGAGCGCGUGGUCGCCUGAGUCCAGCAUCUGGCUGGCGAUGGCCCGGGUCUCCUCCCAUUGCCUCAGCAUGAUCCUGGACCGAGGGAAUUAGAAAAAUAAAACUUAGAUACUUAACACAAUCAAUCAAAAGUUUAUUGAUAAAGCCCAGAACUUUCUUACAUGUGUUUGUCUUUGAGCGUCCAUCUGGAGUCUUUGCGCUCGUACAUCACGAUGGGAGGGACCCGGAAGUCAGGUGACAUCUUACUGCCGUCGAGCUGCAGAGGGCGCCAAACCUCACAUUUACCAGGGAUGUUUUCGGUGAAGGCCGCUUGGCCAUCCAUCCAUUUUCUACCGCUUGUCCCCCUUUGGGGGUCGCGGGAGGUGCUGGAGCCUAUGUCAGCUACAUUCGGGCGGAAGGCGGUGUACACCCUGGACAAGUCGCCACCUCAUCACAGGGCCAACACAGAACGACGGAAGACAAUCAUUUAGUGUUGCCAAUCAAACUAUCCCCAGGUGCAUGUCUUUGGAGGUGGGAGGGGGCUAUCCCCAGGAGGAUGUCUUUAGAGGUGGGAGGAGCCUAUCCCCAGGUGCAUGUCUUUGGAGGUGGGAGGAGCCUAUCCCAGGUGCAUGUCUUUAGAGGUGGGAGGAGCCUAUCCCCAGGUGCAUGUCUUUGGAGGUGGGAGGAGCCUAUCCCCAGGUGCAUGUCUUUGGAGGUGGGAGGGGCCUAUCCCCAGGUGCAUGUCUUUGGAGGUGGGAGGGGCCUAUCCCCAGGUGCAUGUCUUUAGAGGUGGGAGGAGCCUAUCCCCAGGUGCAUGUCUUUAGAGGUGGGAGGAGCCUAUCCCCAGGUGCAUGUCUUUAGAGGUGGGAGGAGCUUAUCCCCAGGUGCAUGUCUUUGGAGGUGGGAGGAGCCUAUCCCCAGGUGCAUGUUUUUGGAGGUGGGAGGAGCCUAUCCCCAGGUGCAUGUCUUUGGAGGUGGGAGGAGCCUAUCCCAGGUGCAUGUCUUUAGAGGUGGGAGGAGCCUAUCCCCAGGUGCAUGUCUUUAGAGGUGGGAGGAGCCUAUCCCCAGGUGCAUGUCUUUAGAGGUGGGAGGAGCUUAUCCCCAGGUGCAUGUCUUUGGAGGUGGGAGGGGCCUAUCCCCAGGUGCAUGUCUGAAGUUGGGAGGAGCCUAUCCCCAGAUGCAUGUCUGGAGGUGGGAGGAGCCUAUCCCCAGGUGCAUGUCUUUGGAGGUGGGAGGAGCUUGUCCCCAGGUGCAUGUCUUUGGAGGUGGAAGGAGCCUAUCCCUAGGUGCAUGUCUUUAGAGGUGGGAGGAGCCUAUCCCCAGGUGCAUGUCUUUGGAGGUGGGAGGAAGCCGGAGUACCCAGAGGGAACCCACGCAAACUCCACAGAGAAAGAUCCCGAACCCGGGAUUGAACCCAUUGCUACUCAAGACCUUCGUAUUGUGAGGCACAUGCACUAACCCCUGUACCACCGUGCUGCCCAGGGCCGCGUGUAACAAUGAAUGAUGUUUGAAUCUGCCUCUGGAUUUCAUCAUUAAUUAUAUACAUUGCUUUAAGUAGACUGUCCAUUUUACAGUAAAAACCUUUUUCUCUUCCCGGAUAAGGGUGAAGCGCCAUCUCCGGGUUGGGGAGUAGGUCUUGCAACAAAGUGGAGGAGUUCCAGUACCUCAGAAUCUUUGUUCAUGAGUGGAUGAUGAGAUCGACAGGCGGAUCGGUGCGGCGUCUUCAGUAAUGCGGACGCUGCAUCGAUCCGUUGUGGUGAAGAAGGAGCUGAGCCGGAAGGCGAAGCUCUCAAUUUAUCGUUCGAUCUACGUUCCCGUCCUCACCUAUGGUCAUGAGCUUUGGGUUAUGACCGGAAGGAUAAGAUCACGGGUACAAGCGGCCCAAAGGUGUUUCAUCUCUCUCCCUUAGAGAUAAGUGUGAGAAGCUCUGCCAUCCGGGAGGAACUCAAAGUAAAGCCGCUGCUCCUCCACAUGGAGAGGAGCCAGAUGAGGUGGUUCAGGCAUCUGGUCAGGAUGCCACCCGAACGCCUCCCUAGGGAGGUGUUUUUCUAGCACGUCCAACCGGUAGGAGGCCACGGGGAAGACUACUUUAUGUCUCCCGGCUGGCCUGGGAAUGCCUCGGGAUCCCCCGGGAGGAGCUGGACCGAGUGGCUGAGGAGAGGGAAGUCUGCGCUUCCCUGCUUAGGCUGCUGCCCCCGCGACCCCACCUUGUAUAAUGGAUGGCUGGAUGGAACAUUACAUUUACAACAUGGUACUGUGGGUGUUUUUUUUUAUAAUUUUUUUAACAUUUUACGGUAAAUGGAAAAACAAUACCACUGUUUUUUUUGUGUGUGUUAAAUUAGAUUUGUUACAACAUUAUAUUGUGAAUGGAAAAACAGUACAAGUGAUUUUUUUUUAAAUUCUGGCAACUUAACUCUCAGUUUUUAUUCCGUAAAAACAAAUGUUGCGUCUUUCCAUUUACAGUAACACACCGUUAAAAACAACCGUAAAUUUUGCAGUCAAAAUCUGGCAGCUCAGUCAACACAAUUGUAACGCAAAAAAAACAGUAGUAGUGUUUUUUCAACGUAGAGUAACAUGCUGUAAAGAACAACGUAAAAUGUAUUGUCAUUUUUAUUCAUUUGCUGUAAUGUUAAGUAUUUUUAGACAAGUAUGAUAAUAUACUGUAAUAUUUGUUGCAAUAAUGGAUACUAUUAAAGUUGAAAAGGUAUCCAAUUUCAA